CACGGCGCGUCACGUCCAAGCUACCUACCCAGGUAGGUAGUAUGUAACUGCUUAUCCGAAGCUAAGCAACUACACCUAUCAACCCGAUCAAUCUUCAGAAACCUACCCACGGCAUCGGUUAGGUAGUCCGGAUGGUCCAUUCACCAACCUAGAGCUCUAAAUAGCCACCCCACCGAAGACUCAGUGCAGCUUUUGCCAUCCAUUGAAGGGCCAUCCGCUCGUCAACCGUUCAAGCUGUCCACCUCGGGGGUGUAUUCUCCGAUUUCUCGUAGACAUGACCGAUUACGAUCGCAGACAGCCCGGCGGCGGCGGCGGUGGUGGUUACAACAGCCGAAAGAGGCGAUACAGAGAUGAUGAUGAGUAUGACCGCCGGCCGCAACGCCGCCGCUACGAUGCGCCUCCGCACGUCCGUAUACGAAAGCAGCUUCUGGGCUUAGCAGAAUCUCCCCUCCGCAGGUGGCACGAGGAUGUGCAGUCCAUCGCACAGCUGAUUGCCGACGGCCACGACGACCAAGAGGUACAAACCACCUUUCAGGACCUAGUGCCACAGAUGGCGAUCGAACAACCCCUCAAAAUUCCAUUUGUCGCCGCGGUUGUAUUAGUCGUCAACUCGUUGAAACCCGAACUCAUCGACGCUCUGCUUGCGCGCAUUACCUCUACGACCGAACAGAGAGCGAAGGAGGGCGAGUGGCGUGAUGUAAAGCUAUAUCUCAAAUUUCUGGCAUGCCUACAGAGCUGCUUGGAGGGCGAUGGCUUGUUUUCCGUCUUAGACGAGUUGUUCAGCCGCGCUGUUGAUCUACAAACUGCAAGCUCGGAUGACACCAUCGGGACAGAACUUGUGAAGAUCAUCCUACUCACGAUUCCCUAUAUUUUGGCUGCUGCACCUUCAACAGAAUCACAGCAAAAAGCUGCUGAGCUAAUGGACAAGACCGACAUAAUCGCCUCAGAACCUCACGCGCUACAAGUUCUUAUAGACCCGUACCAUGCGGAGAGCGGAACCGAGAGCCCAGCCGCCAACAUGAGCCUCAUCGGUCUACUUCAGAAGCAGCUUCAGAAUGAGGCUACCAGCGGCUGGUCCUUAUCGUGCCUACCAAGACCAUGGCGGAUGCCGCUCGAAGAGAUCGAGCAACAGGAGAAGUUGGAUAAUGCCCAAAAGCAUGCCUUACCCACCAUAUCCCUUCCAGAAAAGGUUACCGCUGGGCCGCGCCCCUUAUUUCCUGAGAUAUAUUUCUCCGUUUACAUUCAUCAGGACAUUGAAUCUGUCCCCGCAGUCAACAAUAUCGCGUCGUCCAUCAUUCGGGAUGCGUUGCUGGACACCAUCAACGUCCUCCAUUUCAACCGCAACGUGACCGCACGCUUCCUUAUAGAUGCAGACUGUUACUUUGCUCCAGGGACCUUUAUCAAGCGUGCAACCCCGUUCGAUCGUCUUCGUGACGUAGAUGGUGAUCGCUCCUCCUGGAAGCCUGAAGAUGUUGCCGUAGAUGCUGUCUUCUCGCAGCUAUUCCAACUUCCCACUCCGGAGCACAAGCUGGUAUAUUACCAUUCUGUGUUGACUGAAGCCUGCAAGAUUGCACCAGCAGCUAUCGCACCUAGUCUGGGGCGUGCUAUUCGUUACUGUUAUCAAAAUUCCCAUCGUCUGGACCUUGAACUUGGCUACCGUUUCUUAGACUGGUUUACUCAUCAUCUCAGCAACUUUGGGUUCAUGUGGAAGUGGACCGAAUGGGUUGAAGACGUCAACUUGCCUGACAUGCAUCCUUGUAAAUCAUUCAUUCUAGGUGCUCUAGAUAAGGAAAUUCGCUUGAGCUUUGCCCAACGGAUCAAGGGUACAUUACCCGAGCCAUACCAAGCUCUGAUCGGCCCCGAGAAGGAACAAGAUACUCCCGAGUUCAAAUUCAACAAUGAACACACGCCUUUUUCUGCAGAGGGCAAGGAACUCGCUGCUCUUCUCAAGCGCAAGGCAACAGACGAAGAAAUCCAGCCCGUGAUUGAUCGUAUCCACUCGGCCGCGCUUGAUCAAGCCAUUGACCCCCUAGUUACGAGCACGGAUAUCUUUAUGACCGCCGUCUGUUGGGUGGGCUCCAAGUCACUCUCUCACGUCCUCGCUUGCAUUGAACGAACCAAGGAUCGGCUACUUGACGCUGGAGCGGCAUCCGAGGCGGCAAGAGCACAGAUAAUCACAGCCGUAAUGAACUACUGGUCGGCCCACCCUGGCGUUGCCAUUAGCAUUAUUGAAAAGUUGCUAAACUAUUCUAUCGUAACACCAAGCGCCGUCAUCGACUGGGCGCUAGUUAGUGAUCGUGCCGGUCCCUACGGGCAAGCUUUGAGCAAGGCAUGGGUAUUCGAGCUAGUCUUCAAUGCCGUUGUGAAGGUGACCAGUAGGCUCCGCCAAGUGGUCAAGGGCGGCGUCUCAGAAGGGCUGCAAGAAGAAAUAACGGCUAUGCGUGAGCUGUUCAAGAUCAUGGACGACGCGUUGGUAAGUUGGGCGCAAGGAACCAAAGAUCAGCUCAUGGAUCCCGCAGCCUCUGACGGCGGCGAGGACCUUGUUAAGCGGUGGGGCGAGAGGUGGCUGAGAGUCUUCCGACGGCGCUCGGCUAUCGAGGAGGCAUUCUUGAACGAGAACCAAACCCCGGCCGAGAAUGCAUAGGAUAAGGUCGAGCGAGCAAGAAUCACGGCCCCUUUGUCCUAGUGGUGGGUGGCUCCGUGGUAGAUUUGAUGUCGGCUUGGUGGGCUUGUUUCGUUUGGCAGCAUCGUGCUUGAAGAUUCCGCCUUUUACUUCACGAAGACUGUAUCAAUUAGAUCUGGCGACAGCUCAUGGUUAUCUCUGGGGAAAACAACGUUGUACAUUAGUAUCGACAUAACUUCGGGCAAUAAUUAUUCAGGCUUAGAUCGUUGUGCAAGUGCUGAGAAACCGUGGUCGAUGAAGAGUUCUUCAUAUAGUACGUUCAUAGCUGCCAGCGCAAUCGAUUAUCCGUUAAACCAGAUGA